GAUGGGUCCUAGCACGAAUGAAAGUGCAUCAUCAUCAUCAUAACUUAUUCGGUCUAUUUUAUACUCCACUCAAGAGAGUUUACUUACAUAAAUCCUCCACUAAUCACCGCCUCAUACUCAUCAACUUCUUCUUUUCCUUCUUUCCGUGUAAACAAGGUCAUUUCAAUUGAUACAUACACCUCACCUUCAUCAUAGCUUUCGACAAAAACUAGAGAUGUCAAAGUUUCAGAAGAGUUACUAUGAUGUCGUGGGUUUGUGCUGUUCUUCGGAGGUUCCACUAAUUGAAAACAUCCUCAAACCUCUUCAAGGAAUCAAAGAGGUUUCCGUCAUCGUACCGUCACGAACCGUUAUCGUUGUUCACGACAGUCUUGUCAUUUCGCAACUUCAAAUUGUUAAGGCACUGAAUCAAGCAAGAUUAGAGGCGAAUAUUAGAGUGUAUGGUGACGAAAAGCACGAAAAAAGAUGGCCAAGUCCUUACUCAGUUGCUUCGGGUUUGCUACUUUUGCUUUCGUUUCUCAAAUUUGUGUAUCUUCCUUUGAAAUUUCUUGCCCUUGGAGCUGUUGCCGCCGGUGCCUUUCCGAUCAUCUUGAAAGCUAUUGUUUCCAUUCGGAACGUUAGAUUUGACAUCAACAUUCUUGUCAUCAUAGCAGUUAUUGGGACAAUUGCUAUGGAGGAUUAUUUGGAAGCCGGCACCAUUGUUUUUCUGUACUCAAUUGCAGAAUGGCUAGAGUCAAGGGCCAGCCACAAGGCAAAUGCAGUGAUGUCAUCGUUGAUGAACAUGACUCCUCAAAAAGCAGUGAUAGCUGAAACAGGAGAGGUUGUGGAUGCUGAUGAGGUGAAAAUAAACACAAUUUUGGCAGUUAAAGCAGGGGAGGUGAUACCCAUUGAUGGAGUUGUUUUAGAUGGUAACUGUGAAAUUGAUGAAAAAACAUUGACAGGGGAAUCAUACCCUGUAGCCAAACAAAAAGAUUCUACUGUAUGGGCUGGGACAAUCAAUUUAAAUGGUUAUAUCAGUGUGAAGACUACUGCAUUAGCUGAAGACUGUGUGGUGGCUAAAAUGGCAAAGCUUGUGGAAGAAGCUCAAAACAGCAAAACCAGUACUCAAAGGUUGAUCGACAAGUUUGCAGUGUUUUAUACCCCAGCUGUUGUAGUCAUAUCAACUUUUGUAGCGGUGAUUCCACUUCUGUUAAAAUUACACAACGAGAAAUAUUGGCUUCACUUUGCACUGGUUGUUUUAGUAAGUGCAUGUCCAUGUGCACUUAUCCUUUCAACACCAGUUGCAACCUUUUGUGCUUAUACCAAAGCAGCUACAUCUGGCCUUCUCAUCAAAGGGGGUCAUUCUCUUGAAACACUGGCAAAAAUUAAGGUCAUGGCUUUUGACAAAACGGGUACCAUAACCAAGGGUGAAUUUGUGGUGACAAAUUUUCAAUCUCUUUCAGAUGACAUUGAUUUGAACACAUUGCUCUACUGGGUGUCAAGUAUUGAGAGCAAGUCAAGCCAUCCAUUGGCAGAAGCAAUAGUUGAUCAUGGAAGGUCUCUCUCCAUUAAACCAAAUCCAGAAAAGGUGACAGAAUUUGAAAAUUUUCCUGGAGAAGGAAUCUGUGGAAAAAUUGAUGAAAGAGUUCUUUACAUAGGAAACAAAAAAAUUGCCAGAAGAGCAGGGUCUGAGACAGAAGUUCCAACAUUACAAGGUGAAGUUCAUGAAGGGAAAACCACCGGUUACAUAUAUUUAGGACCAACCCCUGUUGGAAUUUUCUCUUUAUCUGAUGUUUGUCGAUCAGGGGUCCAGGAGGCAAUAAGACAGUUAAAGUUGUUGGGAAUCAAAACUGCUAUGCUCACUGGAGAUUGUCAGUCAGCUGCAGUGCAAGCACAGGAACAGCUAGGUCAUGCCCUGGAAUCAGUCCAUGCAGAACUUUUGCCAGAGGACAAAGUAAAAAUCAUCUCAGAAUUUAAGAAGGAAGGUCCAACAGCCAUGCUUGGAGAUGGUUUAAAUGAUGCACCUGCAUUAGCUACAGCUGAUAUCGGAAUCUCAAUGGGCAUUUCAGGUUCUGCACUAGCAAGUGAGACCGGCGAUAUAAUUCUUAUGUCAAAUGAUCUAAGGAAGAUACCAGAAGCCAUUAAGCUUGCUAGAAAGUCUCAAAGAAAAGUGAUAGAAAAUAUUGUUUUGUCCGUCAUUACUAAAGUUGCAAUUCUUGGUUUGGCCAUUGGUGGUCAUCCAAUUGUUUGGGCAGCAGUUCUUGCUGAUGUUGGAACAUGUCUGUUGGUCAUCUUAAACAGCAUGUUACUUCUGCAAAGAGGACACAAGCAUGGAGGAAAAAGUUGUAAAUCAUCCACUCAACAUCAUAUCCACAAAAAUACAUGUGGUGACACUAAUGGGAGUCCCUCUCAUCAUCAUCAUCAACAUAAGCACCAGCAUCAACAUCAACAUCAUAGCCAUAAGAGUUGUUGCUCAGACAAGGCUCAGCCCCAGAAGUGUGCCACCAAGUCAUGCUCCUCAAAGCACCCACCAUGCCUUUCAAAUCCAAAUGGAAGUAUUAACCAUCACAAAAUCACGGAGAAUCACGGUCAAUGUAAGGGAAGUGAAGAGUUACAUGAAUCAGAUCACCAUCAUCAUGGAAAAUGUGACAAGAAUCAUAAUGGAGUCCAGAAGCAUGAUAUUGAAAGCAAGUGUUGUUCAGAGUCACACAAUUUGAUUCUAAAUACUGAAGAUAUUGAUGCAGCUUUAAUAAACAGUCACGGCAAUUGUUUGGGACAUAAGUCCCACGGGACAAAACACUGCCACAAUGAAAAUAUUAACAUGGUUACUCAUCAUGACAGCACUUCUCUUGGUUCUCCUUCCCAUCUCAAUCCCUGUGGUAAAAAAGAAAGACAUCAAUCUGCUAAGCAUUGCCACUCAAACCAUGGUCAUGAAAACCUGAAAGAUCACGGAGCCACUCAUGUCAUUCAUCAUCAAAAAUCAAGUUGUCAUUCUGAUAUUAAGAAGCAUGGGACAGGCGAAAUAUCCAUUGACAUCAUCAACGAGCACGAGCACGAGCACGAGCACGAGCACGAUGAAUCAGCCUCGAAGCACGGUUGUUCAAGUUUAGCAGACAAAGAAAACGAUUCCCGUAAAGACUGCUUCAACACAUGUUGUAGAAAUGAGGAGUUUUCAAAGGAAUCCAUCGAGUCCUCAAUUGUGCAUGCUUGUAUUAGUUUGGACAAGAGAGAAGUAAAUGGAUGUUGUAAGAGUUACAUGAAGGAAUGCUGUAGCAAGCAUGGACACUCAGGGGGUGGUAGUUUUGUAGGAGGUUUAUCAGAAAUCAUUACAGAAUAGGCAACAGAGUCAGCAAGCUUGUGUAUGAAGAUUUAUGUUAUCUUGAUAUAUAUGGAAUAACAAUCUUUAAAUUAAUAAUUUAUAAAGGAAAUAUCUUGAUCAUGCAAUAGGUCAUGUAUAUAAAGUUUGAAGAGUUAGUUGAUGUGAACACAACAUGAUGAAUGUGACCUUUAUUUUACCAAGCAGCUCUCUUCUGAUGCUUCUCAAGGAGCUUUCGGAUUAAUUCAAAGAUAGUUUUUUAGGCAAGUUAAAUAUUGAUCAUUUAACUAA